AUGCCAUGGGAGACCUUUGACUUCCCCGCCAUCGUCCGCGACAUCCCCACUGCCAUGACAGGGCAACCAGGCCCAACAGCUGAUUGCUCUGGUCAAGGCUUACCUAGAAUCCCUAAUGGGCUUCCCAGCUCCACCAAUACUCUGGAUUUCAGCUUUAACUACCUGCCAGCCAUUUACAACACCACUUUUGUUAGGCUGAAGGAGCUUGUCUCAUUGGAUCCAACCAGAUGCAAAAUAAACUGUAUAUUCAAGGAUGUCUUGCACCACCAAGCAGACCUAGAGACUCUUAUCUUGAUAGCGAACCAGUUAAUGUUUUUGUCGGAUGAUGCUUUGGCAGGACCUCAGUCCCUGAAACAUCUUAGUUUAACUCAGAAAUCAACAGAUGACCUGAAAUUCCUCCCUCGCAUGAAUCUCAAUUCUUUAGAAACACUGGACCUUGGUGACAAUGACAUUGACUCCUUACAUGAUCUAAACCAGUUCAACUGGCAAAAAAUGACAAUCAAUCUUCCAAUGAAUUCCCUCCAGAAUAUCUCAGCUGCAGAGGUGGCUGUACUGAAGAAAGCCAGCCUUCUCAACGUCAGCUUCAAAGGCAACAGCAUUGUGUACAUUAAACCAAACUCCUUCGAAUCCUGUCACUUCAACAGCCUAGAUUUCAGUGACUGCCUCAGCGAAGGGGACAUUUCAAUGACAUCUCUUACCCACCUCAUCCUGAACCAGAUCAGCUUCAAGGACCUGUGUCAGACCAACGCCGCCUCUCUUCCCCAGCUAACUGUCCUGUCUGUGAGGGGCAACCAGGCCCAACAGCUGACCUUCGGGAUGGACUUUAAAGAGAGCUGCCUGAGGAAUGCCAUCAAGCUGGAGCUGCUUGACUGGAGUCACAGCAGGUUGCUGACAGACGGAGCUCAGUGCUGCGAAGUCCAGCUAGCAGGUCUGGGUCAGCUCCAUAAGCUCAACCUCAGCUACAACGUCCCAGCAACCUCCAUGAAGUGGGGGGACAUGCCAUUCAACGAGACCUCAGGGUUGAUAGAAUUGGACUGCAGUAAUUUGAAAGUUACCCGCGUUGCCCACACCGCAGCAGGUGGUCCUCUCCGUAACUUAGGUCAGCUCCGAAUGCUAAAUAUCUCGUGGAAGUUUGGUGACUUCAGUGUCCAGUGGAACCUUCUGGAAGGUCUGAAAAGCCUGGAGCAUCUCAAUUUGAGGGGCAGUUCCUUUAAGGACGGGGUUGUUUCUAAUGCCAUAAAUCAGAUAGAAAUGGUUGACGUUGACUCUGUCAAAGCUUUAACAGAAAAUAGCAAAAUUGACCUGAGUGGCAACCCUUUGACAUGCAACUGUUCCAACAUUCAAUUAAUUGGUUGGAUUCAGAGCAAUGCCAAUAAAGCAUGUUAG